UGCAACGUUUUUGGGAGUAAGUAAAGGAACCUUCCACCUCAGUGUCCAUCACGGCAGACGAACAUCGAUGCGAGAAGAUCUUUGCUCGAACUCUCAGCCGCACAGCUAUAGGAAAGUACGUCGUGCGACUGUCAUUGGCCGCGUCGCCAACAGCACUCGGUGAUACCCGCCAAUCAGCCGAACGACUGCUCACCGCCAUGGAGCGAUGGUGCGUGACAUUCAGUUCGGACAUCUACUACGCCUUUCUAAAAGAGUACGAAGAGUUGGAUCACAUAGAAUUAGUGCCAAGGUCAUCGGAAUCACAAGCAAGAUGCUAUCUACCUCACCACGGAGUGCUCCGAGAAUCGAGCGUGUCGACCAAACUUAGGGUGGUAUUCAACGAAUUUCAGAGUACAAGGUCCGGUAAGUCACUAAACACUCAGCUGUUAGUUGGUGCUAACUUCUUACCAUCGCUUGUCGAUGUGUUGACUCGGUGGCGGUGACACCAAUACGCAAUCAUGAUGAAUAUCGAAAAAAUGAAUCAUCAAAUUCUUGGAGCCUAAGGAUAGAAAUUAUCAACGCAAUCUCUGGCGUCACUCAUCAGCGAUCCGGUUCGCGAGUAUUGGUUAAAUACAAUGAUAUACGGUCUGUCGUGCGCGCCAUUUCUCGCUAUCCGCACAUAGCUGACUUUGUCAGCUCGCCGACGACGAAAACGCAAGAUUUCCGCGAGGUUCCGCCGUACUGAAACACUACUGCUACGUCGACGACAUCGUGAUUGAUACACUAAAGACAAGGCAAUCGCUAUACAAUCCAAGCUCCGUCAGCUGUGCAUGGCGGGCGAGUUCCCGCUGAAAAAAUAGGCCGCCAACCAUCCUGAAAUUCUUUUCGGUAUUCCUGUGGAUCACUGUCUCGCGGAUUCGCGGUCGUGGGAACAAGGGUCACGCUAGGCUUACAGUGGCACCCGACCAACCUUCACAUUUUCAAUUCGAAGCCGCACCGUUGAAAAAUUCACCAAGAGGAAGGUUCUCUCGGAGACUGCGCGUUUAUUUGAUUCCGCUCGGAUGAUUGACGGUAGUGAUCCGCGCAAAAAUCCCGCUUCAAUCAGCGUAGUUGCAAAAGCUGGACUGGGACGCUCCGUUCCCUCAAACAGACGCUUGCCAUUGGAAUCGCUUCCUAGAGGAACUCCCAAAGCUUGAACAGCUUCGAAUCAAUCGCUGGUUAAACAUGGGUGCCGAGGAGAGUAGAGCUGCACGGAUUCGCCGACGCGUCCGAACGAGGGUACGCAGCCGUGGGGUAUCUUCGUGCACUAGCGCUAACAGUGUUAAUGUUCUCUUGCUAGCGGCAAAGAGCAAGGUCGCUCCGAGCCAGUGUCCUUGCCGCGAUUGGAACUGUGCGCCGUAAUCUUGCUAACAAAAUUAGUCGCACACACGCGCACUGUUCUAAGCCUGUCCACAGCUCCAGUCACUCUCUGGUCCGAUUCCAAGAUCACUCUAUACUGGAUUCGGGGUCACGCCUCUCGGUGGAAGACUUAUAUGGCUAACCACGUAUCCAUGAUACAGGAGGCGCUUCCAGAAGGACAAUGGCCCGGAGUGAUCAGAAAGGACAACCCGGCCGACUGCGCCUCUCGAGAGAUAACACCAGGCGAGUUUAUUGAUCAUCCACUCUGGUGGUUAAGCCUCUCUUGGGGUUCCUGCUCAAGGACAACUCCACCUAGCGCACAACCUGGAGGAAUUGCUCGAGCAAUGUGUCCACUCUCGCACUGUCACGUCAAAGGUUAUCAUGGAAUCGGAGCUCCUCCUCCGAUUCUUUUCACUUCAUCGGCUCCUGAGGGUCACAGCGUGAUGUCUAGGUUGGCGCUUAAGAGAGAUGCCAAUGACGGAAGGAAGUCUGGAAUCGACGUUGACACCCGACGAACUCGACGCCGCACUUGAACGAUGGAUCUGAGCAGUCCAGGCACUGCACUAUGCGCACGAAAUCACUACUGCAAAAAAUCAGCGCCCGAUGCCACCUCGCAGCCAGUUACGGCUCUUGAAUCCAUUCAUCGACGAACAAGGAGUACUGAGAGUCGGAGGUUGCCUGAAGCACGCAGUUCUCUCUCUGGACGAGCGGCAUUCGAUGAUCAUUUCGCCGCACAUCUUAUACGCCUCUUGAUAUCGUCAUGUCACCGCCGAACACUCUAUGGAGGAGUACAGUUGACUCUGUUGCGACUACGAUAUUGGAUCCUUCGAAGGCGAGCUAUGACAAAAUACUGGUUGCAUCGGUGCGUCACGUAUACCAGAUGGAAAGGAGUCACGCCACAGCCGCCAAUGGAUAAUCUUCCUCAAAGACGCGUAACUUCUGCACGUCCAUUCCUCAGAACCGGCAUCGACUAUGCCGGGCUGCUACUCAUUCGCACAAAUCGAGGACGUGGGCACCGGUCCCAUAAGGCCUUCAUCACAAUUUUUAUGUGUCUCUGCUCUAAAGCGACGCAUCUUGAGGUAAUCGUUUCCGAUUACACGACGGACACAUUCUGGCCGCACUUCGUCGGUUCGCAGCAUGUAGAGAACUAUGCUCGGAUAUCUAUUCCGACUGUGGCCGAAUUUCAUUGGCGCCGAUCGACAGAUACGAGAGCUUCUUCGUGCAUCUUUCGUCAACGGCCGCAUCGCGCAUGCUGCUGUCACAGAAGGAAUUCGAUGGCACUUCAACCCAUCUUCCGCACCCCAUUUCGGAGACCUCUGAGAAGCAGCAGUAAAGUCGACGAAGUACCAUCUUCGAAGAGUAAUCGGCAACACCACGCUCACCUACGAGGAGAUGAGCACUCUCUUAGCUCAGGUAGAGGCCUGCCUGAAUUCUCAGCCCUUGCUGGCGUUAUCUGACGAUCCCGACGACCUCUCCGCACUCAUUUUCCAGGACAUCUGCUUAUCGGAACCCCGCUGCUAGCCAUUCCAGAACCGUCGCUCACAGAGAAGGCAACGAGCUCUCUCUCUCUCGUUGGCAGCAUCUUCAAAAAAUGCGUGAUCAUUUUUAGGAAAAGUUAUCACAGACAUCACCACCAAGCAGAUGGCCUCUAACUCGCAUCAAAAAGCUGUACCCAGGAGAGGACGAUGUGACCCGAGUAGCAACUAUUCGCAACCUUUUUCGUCCGACCUCUAGUCAAAUUGGUGAUGCUGUCUGGAUUCACUGCCUCGACCACUCUAAACGCGGACUCGCAAGAGCAAUAAAAACCGCACAUUGUAGUAGACCCGUGCGAUCUUAUUCAAUGUACUUACGUCAGUCAACGCUCGUGUAAU